AUGCAGCAAUUGGUUACACUACCUCACAAGCAUCUAAAAAUCAUAACAAAGCUACACAAUAUUCAAUGUCCAUUGAAAUCAUCAGUGACCACCAGACGUACCGCAGUACUGUCUCACCAGUGUCAAAGUCAAUGCAGUACAUGUGUGUCACUGCUCCAAAAAUGGAGUGGACAUGUGAACUCAACAGCACGGGUGCAGAAGUUCCGCAAUACCACCAAAUUUGAUGCAUCAUCCAGCAUACCUUUCCCACCACCACCACCAAGCCCACUUCUGAUACAGCAAGUCAUAGCUGAUUACUCCAAAGCCAUUCAUCCACUACAACAUGCAGAAACUGGCUGUGCAGUGUGUGGCUUAUUGACUCCAUUUUCAAGACUGUAUCCUCUGUCAACAGUAUCUCACAAAUUGCACAUCCUUGAAACAGAUGGCACAGGUGUGACAAGAAAAGAACAACAGUCAGAAUGUGAUCAUGUAGAGGAACUAAAAGGGCCUGUUCUUCUCCCAAAGUCUUUACAUUUUUGUCAGAACUGCAAGAUGACAUUGGACAAUGGCACAGCACCACAACAGGCACUAGCCAAUGGGCUGUGGAUUGGAGAGGUACGUGUGCAGUUGCAGAACUUGACUUGGGCUGAGCGCACUCUCAUUAGCCGAGUGAACCAUAACAGAUGUGUUGUUUGGGUCAAGGGCUCUCUGCAGAGUAAAAUGAUAGCCAAUGCAGUAAGCCAUACCAUACCUAUGCCAAAGGUAUACAAUGCAUUACCCCCUAGCCCUGAGGAGCUGGAUGAAGUGCUUGCAUACAUAUAUAUUGGCCCAACAAAACCAUUGGCCAAGGAACAUCAUUGCACUCCACUGCUAGUGAGACGCAAUAAAGUGGCCAAUGCUCUGGAAUGGCUCAAGCUCAAUCACAUAGACUAUGCAGACCUCACCAUAUCUUACAAGAAUUUGAACAUGUAUUCUGAGGACAGUCCUCCUGUCAUUGUAGACUAUCAUCCUGGUGAUGGAGGAAAGGAUGAAGAGGCUAAGGCUGCCAAUGACACAGAUGACAAUGAAGGCACCACUGAAGGGCCAUGUCCAUUUGUUGUUCAUGGGCUGGUGGGUGAGCAAUUAUCUGAGAUGAGUACCAAUGCCCUUUGUGCAUAUGCACUACAGUAUUUCAAGAAUAAAAAGAACAUGGCGCUAGGUAUUGGACAGUCAGACCAGCCGCAGUCUUUGUUUUCCAACCCACAAUUGUAUCCGCAGAUGUUCCCAUGGCUGUUUCCAUAUGGACUUGGUGGUCCUGGCAAUGCCCGUGGAUAUGCAGAGGUAUCUGAGGCAGAGAGGAAACAUCAGUUGCUGAUGUAUCAUGACAAGCGGUUUCAGUUUGAGCAAUCCUUUCCACUAGUUGCCUUCAAUCAUGAACAGACCAAAAACAGUACAACAGGAGGAUUUCUUCUUGCAGAGCAACAGAAAUUUCCAGAGAUUGCCAAACAGAUACUAUACUGUCCAUUGAUGAAACUGUGCUUCCACACCUGA